AUGAAAAACUCAUCAGUUGUGUCAUUGAUAAUACUGGAAGCCUUUUACAGAAUGGAGGACCUGAAAUAUCUAUACAUUGUCAUCUUUUUCAUGUUAUACAUGCUUGUACUCUUUGCAAACCUCACUGUGAUCUUUGUCGUUAUUAGCAACAAAGUGCUUCAUAAACCAAUGCACAUCUUUCUUUGUAACUUGGCUGUAAAUGGCAUCUAUGGUAGCACAGCUUUGCUUCCCCCCAUGCUAUCUACUUUAAUGUCUCCUUUUCAUGUGGUAUCUCUGGCAUGCUGUAAGGCUCAAACUUACUUCCUGCACACAUAUGUUAUCAUAGAGUUCACCAUUUUGUCAGUGAUGUGCUAUGAUCGCUAUGUGGCCAUCUGCUAUCCACUGCAGUAUCACACUAUUAUGACGAUCACAAAAGUGUAUAAACUAAUAGUUUUCUCAUGGGGUUAUCCUUUAGUGGCAUUCGCAUUGUUUUUUAUUCUGACUCUGCGCUUGACACAAUGUAGAAACAUUAUAGGGCGAGUCUACUGCUCCAACUAUUCUCUUGUCAAACUGUCCUGUGAUGACACAAAUGUUGUGAGUACUAUUGGACUGGUUUCUGUUGUUGUAUACACUUUUCCUCAGCUUGUGAUGACUUUCUAUUCAUAUGGACAUAUUCUUAAAAUAUGCUUUACUGCAACUAAAGAGUCUAAAAUAAAAGCACUGAAGACCUGCACUCCACACUUAUUUGCAAUAAUGAACUAUAGUGUGGGAUGUUUUUUUGAAAUUGUACAAAGUCGCUUUGACACAAGUUAUCUCCCAUUUGAAACACAAAUAUUUAUGUCACUUUAUUUCUUGAUAUUUCCUCCUAUUCUGAAUCCAGCCAUUUAUGGGCUGAGUAUUCAGGCUCUGAGAAGCAAUAUUUUUCGACUUUGUGGCUCUAAGAAUAAGAUACUGCCUUUAAUGUAG